AUGGUCCUUCUCACACUUCCUGUUUCCCCACCCCUGACUUUUGUUGCUUGGCUCUACCAUAGGCGAGGGGAAGACCUUGUUAUGUGCGUGGAUAUACAGCUGGUUGAAGCACUGUGUGGCUUUCAAAAACCUAUCACAACACUGGAUAAUAGAACUAUAAUUAUUACUUCUCAUCCUGGCCAGACUAUCAAACAUGGGGAUAUUAAAUGUGUGCUGAAUGAAGGCAUGCCAAUAUAUCGUAGACCAUAUGAAAAAGGACGUCUAAUCAUAGAGUUCAAGGUGAACUUCCCAGGUAGUGGCUUCUUCUCCUCAGAUAAGUUGUAUUUGCUGGAAAAACUGCUACCUGCAAGACAGGAAGUAGAAGAAACUGAGGAAAUGGAACAAGUGGAUUUAAUGGACUUUGAUCCAGCUCCAGACAGAAGACAUUUCUAUAAUCGAGAAGCCUAUGAAGAUGAUGAGCACCACCUUGGAGGUGAUGUUCAAUGUCAGACUUCUUAA